CAGGGAGGCCACCAGUAACAGUCCAGUGGACUCUUCACUCUUGGAGUUGCACCAUAACGACCUUACGCUGGGCUAGCUGCUGUAUCUGCAGCUUGCUCCCUGUUCCUGUAGUUAGCUCUGCUCAGUGCUUCCUUAGCAUGCGCUCUGUAAAGUGGCCUGCUCCUCCUGCCCAUGACCUGGUGACCCUGGAGACCAGAAUGGAUGACCUGCACCGUAAAGUGGACCGGUUAUUGUCCUGCAGCACCGGAGCAGACUGUCCCAUGUGUAGGAUCUGCAGCCACCACAGUAAGCAGCAAGAGGCCACAGCCAGCCAGCUUUCAGCUCAGGCAAAACUCCUCGACUCUCUGGAGAAGAAAGUGACGGAGGUGAGAACAGCACUGGAGGAGCUAGCACGCGGUCUAGAAGAUAAAUUUUGUGAUAGGAUGUCUGUGCCGGCAGUCGCUCUGCAAAGAAGGAAGUCUUUGCCUGUAAGGACUUCAGUGGAUGAAGUGUAUGUGCGGUUGGAUGUGCCCAGAGAGAAAAUAAUCCAGCAUGCUUUUAAUGUGCCCUGUGAAAAAGGUCAAACAGGCACCCUGGUUGAAGACAGCGAAGGGGAGGCUCUGAGAGGAGAAGGGCAGCCAAUCAGAGUUAACCUGGUAGAAGUGAAAAGUCAGCAUGAGCCUCAGCCAUAUAAAGAAGUUAACAGAGAAUUAUCAGGAAUGGCACCACGUUUGGAAGCAUCACAGUCUAGUCAUGAGCCUCCAAGUGUGGCCAAGAUGGAUGGAGCUGUACCAUCUUCAAGCCAAAAAAGUUCCAAGACAACAGGAGUGGCUCUUCCUACAAGUGCAGGGACUUCAACGAAGGUCACAUUUCCACCAAAAAUUGUACCAAAAGUACCAACAACAAAAAGUUCAACAUCACAAAAUCAGCCCACAGCAAAAACCACACAGGUGGCUGCCCCUGUUAAGACACUUGGAUCUUCAAUAAACACCACAGCAUUAGCAGGCUCUACAGCACUGGUGUCGAAUCAGAAGAUGCCAAUAACAGCUGUGCUGGCAGCUCACAUUACUACAACAACAGCAGCUCCAAGUGUGGUCACUUCUGUGUCCAGUAAUCCACCAAAGUUCACCAUAACCGAGAUCACAGCACCACCUCCAUCACUCCAUGAUCUUCAGAAAAUAACUUUAGGUGUUCCUGUGGCAACAUCCCAAAGCAUGGGGAAGUGUUCGUCUAAUACAUUACCUCCAGUAUUGCCAAUGAUAAACUCCAAGCGGUCAAACAACACAGUCACAAAAACUACAGUAGCAGGAGAACAAACACCAGCUUCUUAUCAUCUGCCUAAGACAUCAGGACUGACUUCUGCUCUGACAAUAACAGCACCAACCUCAGUCACCUCCAUGUCCACCAAUCAACCAGCAGUAACUGUAGCACCAAGCCAUAAACCUCUAAAAGUGACAACCACCAUGGGAGCUUCAGAGACCACAUCACAAAACCUAGACAAGUCUUCCACAAAUUCUCAAAUAACAAAACUGCCUGCAGCCAAAAGCUCAACAUUAUCUCCUCCAAACACAGCUGGCUUGAUGGUUCCAACGGCAAUGACAGCAGGCUCCUCACUAAAACAUGUUUAUAGUUGUCCUGAGUCACUACAAAGAUUUCAGGGCACUGGAGGGAAAUCCGACUCUACUCACACAACAGCACCACCACUGGUGAAGCCUGGAGCAGCAGUCAGGCCCGCUAGCACUGUAGCUGGAGGAAUACAGAUCAAGAUAAGUCCAGCAGUAGCAGAGCAAAUCACAGGCCAGACCAAAACACCUCCCAAAACCUGCCUCAAAAUGAUAGAUGAUGUUCCUCCUCAGCCUGCCCCAUUCCCACAUAGAUGUGUGUCUCUGAGGCCCAGUCCACCGUGCGACUUCUUCAGCAUCCACACCAAAGAAGUGCUGGGAGGUGGACGAUUUGGCAAAGUGCACAAAUGCACAGACACUAAAACCGGCCUAAGACUGGCAGCAAAGAUCAUCAGUGCAAGAAAUGUCAAAGAGAGGGAAAUGGCAUUGAAUGAGAUCCAGACGAUGAACCAGUUGAGCCACUCCAACAUACUGCAGCUCUAUGAUGCCUUUGAGGCCAAAAACCAAGUAGUGCUGAUACUGGAGUACGUGGAGGGAGGGGAGCUGUUUGAGAGGAUUGUGGAUGAAAGCUGCCCGUUGACCGAAGUGGACGCCAUGGUGUUUGUGAGGCAGAUCUGCGAGGGAGUCCAGUACAUGCACCAGAUGUACGUCCUUCACCUGGACCUGAAGCCAGAAAACAUCCUUUGUGUGAAUCGGUCAGGUCAUCAGAUCAAGAUCAUUGACUUUGGGCUUGCCAGAAGGUACAAACCACGAGAAAAGCUACGAGUCUCAUUUGGAACUCCUGAGUUUCUGGCUCCAGAGGUGGUCAACUUUGACUUCGUCUCCUUUCCCACAGAUAUGUGGACUCUAGGAGUUGUCACUUACAUGCUACUAAGCGGCCUCUCUCCCUUCCUGGGUGAUGAUGACAGCCAGACCCUCAACAACGUGUUAACGGUCAACUGGUACUUUGAUGAGGAUGCCUUUGAGCAUGUCUCUGCUGAGGCCAAAGACUUUGUCUCCAACUUGCUGAUCAGAGAAAGGAGUGGUCGUCUCAGUGCUACUCAGUGUCUUAAGCACCCAUGGCUGAACAACAUAUCAGAGAAAGCAAAGUGCAGCAAUAUCAUCCUGAAGUCACAGGUCCUUCUCAAGAAGUACAUGGCCAGGCGGCUGUGGAAGAAAAAUUAUAUUGCAAUAGCAGCAGCCAAUAGAUUUAAGAAGAUAAGCAGCUCAGGCUCUCUUACAUCCAUGGGAGUCUGAAAAAGAUUCCGCUGGUUAAGACAGUACACAACUGUACAUAUUAUAACCACAUGGCAAGUGAUUGGAUUUAUGCAGUAAAAUGUUUAUUGCUUCUGUCAUGUUUUUUCUUUCUUUUUUUUUUUUUAUUUGACAGUAUCAGCUGCCCUUUACAUUGGCCUUACAACAAAGCUGUGUACAGUUAAAUCUGAUCAUUAAUGAGCACAUGCAUUUUUCAGUCAUUUUUGUUAUUCAAUACAUUUAUUUUUGGCAGAUCUGUGUAAUCAAACUCAGGUCUGCUAGGUGUGCAUGUACAUUUGAGCAUAAUAGUGCAAUAAACUGAAAAAAAAAAUGCAAACAAUACAAAACACAGCUCAUACAGUGCAAUAAUUCAUAUAAUAUAAUCAUUAAAAUAUGCUAUUUCAGGAAAAUAAUCACACUACACAAUCACAUCAGUCUACCUUCUUAAUAAAUGGAGUCAUUUUGUUUAUUUCACAUUUUAGUAUUUCCAGUAGUUGAAAUUGUAACACUAAAUAGUUUGGACGAUAAAGGGAGCAGUGCACUCACUGCUCCACCUCAAAUUCCAUCUAUGAGCACAGUCAUUGACUCACGAGCCAAGGCAAGCUGUCAUUGUAGUGGCUCCCUACCGCAUGUAUUAGGGCAUUCUCGAUGUAAGUGAUAUGUAAAUGAGAUACAGACAGGAUACUGCCUGAUUUCACACACUGAAGCCGAUUCAUCAUUUGCACUCAAAUCUCCACUUGUUUCCACAUCAUACAAACAUUUCUUGAAUCAGAUGCGGAGUAGUUCAAACAUUAUCAUAUAUGGGCUCGUUUGCUGACUAAUUACCAUUGUGUGAACACUUCAUGACGAUUGGACCAACAGAAAUGGUCUAAAAUUACUUGUAAUAAAAUCUAAUCAGAUAUGAGUUUUUUUUCCUUAAUUUUUAGUACAGCACUUUGGCAAGCAGUAGAUACAGUAUAUCUAAUAAUAUCUAAAAAAAAUAUCUAAUAAUGUAAUGUAAUAAUUUACAGUAGAUACUCUAAAUUAUAUUUAUAAUUUAAAUUGUAUUUAUUAAAGGGAAGUGUUAUGUGAGAAUUGUUAACAAUGAAAAGGCAUCCUCAGUAUGACAGCACUGUGCUCAAAUAGCAUUUAUAGAUACUUCUCCUUCUGUAAAGGGGAUGUAAGUGAGAACAAGAACUUAGGAACAAAAUAUAUAUUACUUCACAACUGUGUUUAUUAUUGAUUAUGUUUAAGCUGGUGGAACUGAUGUCUUGUUUUGUUUAAGAUUAAAUUCAAUCUGUGUCUUAA